AUGAAGUCCGAGCUCGACGCGGUGGGGCUGAGGUCUGAGGCAAAGUCAAAGCCAAUGGAAGACAUUGAUGGCAGACUGAUCUCUGAGGUGCUGGAUGUCGUUUCUGUUACACCAACGCUUGAGAAGAUACUCGAAAUAAUGCCCGACUCAACACUCGAUGCAGCGCUCGAUAGCGAGCUUUCGUCGACGGUCGACGAUGGCAGGGUAGUGGACUCCUCGGAUACUUCAAGACUUGGUACUAUGAUCGAAACUCUGCUGGAGAUGGCACUUGACUCUGAGCUAGCUUCAAGAGUGGUCGAGGUUGGUAUGAUGUUGGUGGUAAUCAAUGCCGAGGGCUCGAGGACCGAAGUGAUGCUCGAUAGCGUGCUCGUCGAUGGCAAGGUUGACGACAUGGUGGGGAAAUCUGAGCUUGACGAUGGCAUGCUUUCCAAGAUCGUUGAUUGGCUCUCUUCCGAAGCCGGGAGAGAAGUGGUCAAAGAUAGUGAGAGACUGGAUAGCGUCGAAUCUGUAGCUACGCUUUCAGUUGUCAAGGGUGAACUGGAGCCAUCACUCGCGGUGGAAGGUGAGUCAAGAUCUAAAGAUGAGCUCAGCGGCCCAGUCUCUGUAUUACUUGUCAAGAUUGGAGAAAUCAUUGGCACAGAGCUGGAUUGUUGGCCAUCCAUGGUGAGUAUAGUUGAAGAUACGAAAGUCCAAUCUUGUGACGUGAAGCUUGAGGUAUCACUGGAUAAAGUUGCCGAGCUGGACAAGAUCAGAGAAACUACCAAGCUGGUGGCUGAGAUGCUGCUCUUAGUUGUGCCCGUUUUCUCGGUACUUAUAUCGAUACUGCUCGUCGUAUCAGUUGUUGAGAAUUGGAUUGGUGGCUCGGACAGGAUGGUAGACAGCUCCGAUAUGAUAUUUGGACUGAUUUUUGUGCUUCCUGUGCUGAUAUCAGUGGCAUCAACCUGGGUUGCACUAAUUGGCGAAUCACUUGAUACAAGGCCGGUAGUCAAGGAAGGCAGAAGGCUGCGUUCCAUGGACGAUAAUCCUAGACUUGUGGUCGAAGACAAGUUGGUAAACUCAAAAGUCGUUACAUUGGAGACCGCUGGCGAGAUAGCGGUAGAUGGAAGCGGCGGCAAACUCAAUGACGAAACUCCAGAUUGUGAGGUCGAGUCCCCAUCAACAGUAUUACCUAGUCCGCUUGAUGUCUCCGGAGUGCUGAGCAGAAGGGAUGAAGUCUCAAGCGAAUCAAUUGAAUUUGUCUCCGAAAACUGCUCGCUGCUUGUUGACCUCGGAUCUGUGGGCAUCGAAAUAGAUGUGGCCAAGUUCGGUAUGCUUAAUGAAGAAGAAUGA